UUGUUUAUUCAUUUUCAUUGUCACUGUCAUUACGAAGCCAUGUUUUCUCUGAGAUUCUCGAGCUCAGCUAAGCUCAUCCACUCCAUAAGUAAACAGCAAAUUCGAUUCCUCUCCCGUGACCCAUUCCCCAACAAAGUCCAGCACUACCUACACCGUGCAAACCUCAUCGACUCCAUCCGCCUCAGCCUCCGCUCCACAUCCUCGAAUCUGACUUCUCUUUUAGACCAUCGUCUUCUCGAUUCUUUCGUCGUCAAGAACGCUUUACGCUCGUCUCCUUCCGUCGCUUCUGCUUGGUCUAUCUUUAAAACCCUUCGGAAAAAAAAUCCACACUUUUCGUACGAAACUGAGACCCUUCACGCCUUUGCCACUGUUCUUGCAAAGUUUCAGCGAUCUUCAGAGCUUAAAUCUCUGAUUGGACUUGUCUAUGCUGGGAAAUUCGGCCAAGUUCGUUUCAGCUUUAUGAAUCUCAUGAACCUGUACGCGACUGCUGGUGAUUUUGACUCGGUUCUGAAGACGUGGGACGAGUAUAGAUGCUCAGGAGAGGACAAGAAAGGCUGCACUGAGUCCUAUAACAUUGUGAUGCAAGUUUACAUGAGUUUAGGUAAACAUCCUCACGCUGUGCAAACUUUCGAUCACAUGAUUAACCACGGAGGGAUCCCGAACUCAAGAACAUUCACAAUCAUGAUUGAGCAUCUGGUGAAACUGGGGAAUCUUGAUGCAGCCAUGAAGAUUUUCGAGACCUUGCCUUUGAUGAGGAUCACAAGGACUCUGAAGCAUUAUUCGGUUCUGAUUGAAGCCUUUGUUGAUGCUCAACGCUAUGGUGAAGUCAAGAUUCUGCUUGCCGAGAUGAAAGCUGAUGGAAAAUUCCCGAGCAGACGCAUGCUUGAGCCUCUGAAACGCAUGAGAGAUGCUGGAUUUGAACAAGAAUCACAAGAGUUGCUGAGGGAAAUGUUGCCGGAUGAGAGAAUCAAGGAUAUUUCUACGUCUUAUUCUAUGGACAAUCCCAGCGAUACCGAAGAAGAAAAGGAGGACGACGAACACAGUUAUGAUGAUGCUAGUGAAGGUCAAGUGAAGUUGAAACCAUGGCUGGAUCCAAAAGCUUUGGCGAGCUCGUUAAAGAGCUGGAACUCUGGUGCAGUCACUGCUUUGGAAGAAGCUAAUUUUGUAUGGACAAACCUUUUGGUCUGCAAGAUGCUAAGAAACUUCAGAUCCCCUGAAACAGCAUGGAGUUUCUUCUGCUGGGUAGCGACUCAGCCCGGAUUCACCCACGACGCCUACACGAUUGAGAGAAUGAUGGCUCUGUUAGCACGCAAUGGCCAGGACGAGCUGGUUGAUAAGCUCAUCUCGAAAGUGAGAAUCGAAGGGAUCAAACUACCAUUGAGCACCAUCAGAUUAAUCAUUGAACUCUACGGAGUUUCAAAGAAACCAGAAGCAGCCAUCAAGGUUUUUCGCCAAGACACAACUCUAUGCGGUUCAAUAUCGGAUUUCAACCUCAUGCUAUUGUACUCAUCCCUCUUGAGAACGUUAACGAAGUGCAAGAGAGACGCAGAAGCUUUGGAGAUGCUAGAAGAAAUGAUUUCGGCCGGAGUUUCUCCCGAUAUCCAGACGUUUUCGGGUUUAAUGUAUCACUUCGCAUUGCAGGGAGAGAUUCAGACAGUUCAGAGACUUUUCUCAAUGGUGAGGCAGAUUGGUCUGGAGCCAGAUCCGUACAUGUUAAAGCUUCUUGUCCAAGCGUAUUGCAGAUGCGAAAGAGCAGUGCUUGCUUUCAGAGUGUUCCAAGACAUGAAGGAUUCGAAUCUGAUGCCUGACAGAGAGACGAAAGAGCUGCUUGUGAAGAGUCUGUGGAGAGAAGAGAAGCGAAAAGAGGCGGCUGCGGUUGAAGAAAGCAGUUACUGCGACGAGGAAGGGAAUGGUAGUAGCGUUUUGCGUUUGGCGUUGAAGGGUCAUGUGUGGACUAUUAGUUCUACAGACAUCGCUCGAGUCUACAAUCUCUACCGCGAUUGUGUUCUGAAAACUUCAAGUUAAUCUCUUUCUUUAUUUAUACUGUAGUUUUUUUUU